GUAAUUGCAAAAACCGGUACACUUAAAACAUACACGAAAUUCGAGGCAGAGAUAUAUGUGCUCACGAAAGAGGAAGGUGGUCGCCACACGGCCUUCUUCUCGAAUUAUAGACCUCAAUUUUACAUGAGGACUGCUGAUGUCACCGGUAAAGUCGAGUUGCCUGAAAAUGUGAAGAUGGUUAUGCCCGGAGACAAUGUAACGGCUGUUUUCGAUCUUAUAUAUCCCGUUCCUCUCGAAGCAG